AUGUAUUCCGAUGAUGAUCGUUGCACCAUUCUAGAUAACUUUCAACAUGGCUCAACUCAGGGAAUAUCACAGAGUGCUGAUAACAAGGUUACCAAGGAUCUCAUGCAAAUUAUUGAGUUGUAUAAUUCAGUAAAUGGAUCAUUUACGCAUACCUCUCCGAUUGCGGAUGGAAAAGUAAUUCUAGUUGGCGAUAGUAUGGUUGGAAAAACCUCUUUAUUUGUGAGAAUUAUUAAGAAUGUGUUUAGUAACAAUUAUCGCCCUACAAUCGGCAUGGACUUCAACAUCAAAAAAUACAAAAUUUUAGAUAUUCCUUUUUCUGUAGUGCUAUGGGAUACAGCUGGUCAGGAGCAUUUUAUUAGUCUUUCUACUUCUUACCAUCGUGGAGCUAGUGCGUGUAUUUUAACCUUUGAUUUGAAUAGCCCAGAAACACUUCAUUCCAUUAAAAAUUGGUACAACCAAGUGAAGGCAUAUGCAGAAGAGCCCAAUAUCAAGUGGUAUUUGGUGGGCACAAAAUGUGACCUUGUAAAGCAUGUAGAUGAACGAGAAGUGAAACAAAUUGCAGAGGAGCUCAAAGCAGAGUAUUGGGAAGUUUCUUCUAAGGAUGGCAUUAAUGUUGAAAAAUUGUUCAACCGAGUUGCAUUUAUUGCGUGGAAAGAUAAGCUAGAGAAAUGGAAAGAGGCAAACACUGUCCAAGAAAAGAAAGAAGAAAAUCAAUCGCAAGUUCAUAUCGUUUUAAAACCUGGAGAAAAACCAAAUCAACCUACUCAACCAGGCACUAGUGGUGGCACAUCUACUACUGGCGGUGGGUCGAGCACUCAGCCAUCCUGUCCUUGUUAA